CUACAGUGACAUUCCAGAGCCACUGAGAGGGAAGAGGUUCAAACCUCACUGCAGGACUAUUGAAAAGAAAAAAAAAUAUGCACUUCUUGAAAUUGUUUUGACAGCAGUUUAAUCUCAAGGGGAAAUAUUAAAAUCUGAAGGCAUUCCAUAAACUGGUAAAGUUAUACACAGGAUUAAACUACUGAGGUUGAAUCAAAAAACAAAAAAAGGAAGCAAGACAAGCUGUUUGUAACAUCUAUUUAAGCCUCAGAGCCUUUGGUCGUAAGCCAGACGUUGGGCAUAUCACAACAUCUGAAGCAGCCUUGAAACAGCAAAACUAAUUUCUGAAGUGUUUGCCCCUGAAAGUGAUAAAUAUUUCAAAAUAAGUUAAACAGUUUGUUUAAUGAAACACUGUAGGCAGCUAUUUACUUAUAUCUAAAUCUGGAUUAAUCCAUUAAAGAACAUAAUCAUAUAUUGGAGAAUACAUGCAUACAAAAUAGAGAUGCUGUAAAGUAUUUACAAAAUUAAGUCACAGGUUUUGAAAAACACUGCUCAUUUUUCUCCUACAAAAGACAGACCUUGUCUCAGGAGGACAACUGGAUAAUUCCUUCAUUCAUUCUGGACUUCUCAGUGGUGACGAGCAUCUAAGGAAGACAGGACUUCGGUAUCUAUCCCAGGAGGUGGUUGUUAAAUUGAACUUUGUUCCUGUAAAAAAAAAAAAAAAGACAAUUGGCACAAAUUAACCUUUAUUUGAGCAGACUGUUUGUUGAUGGACUACAGUAGAAAGAGAAUGCUACCUUUCAAUAUUGCAUGCAUAAUCACUAUCAGCCUUCUUAUAUUCCCAGGUUCCCUUCAAACUAUCAAGCUUUCAGCACCACAACUGAGUCGUGAAGGAGAUGACUAUAUAGUUAAUGCUGGAGGGACCAUCAGUAUCAUUUGCAGAGGUUCUAAUAAUCUAGAAUGGGAAUGGCCAAGGCUUGCAGUGUCUCCAAAUAAAUCCGCAUGCCAAGGAAGGGUCCAAGCAUCCUGCUCCAACUUCAUUCUGACAGGAGCAAGCACCAUGGAUACAGGUUAUUACACUUGCGUCAAAUGGAAAGAUGGCAAAAAAAGUAGAAAGCAAAUAUAUAUUUAUGUGAAAGACAAUUCAAGUCCCUUUAUUGAACAAGAAUCAGUAGCUCUGAAUUUUACUGAGGGUAAAGACCUAAUUGUUCCUUGCCGAGUCACAGCACCGCAUUUUAAAGUCUCUCUUGAAAUGGUUCCUCCUAAUAGCUCCAUAACUGAGACUGCAGAUUGGGAUCCAAAGAGAGGUUUUUUAAUUCCAGACGUGACAUAUGAAGUACAAAAGCUGCUUAUGUGCACAACAACUGUGAAUGGGAAAUCUUUUCACUUAGAAUACAUGCCAGUCAAAGUAGGUGAAGGUUUAAGUAAAAUUGAAAUGCAUCCUUCUCAGACUAAAAGACUGCUGGCUGGGGAGAAUCUUUUCAUCACUUGUAGAUCAAAGACCGGCCCUAAUUCUAGGAUCUUCUGGGAGUGGGACUAUCCUGGUAAAUAUCAUAAUCGAUCUGGCACUUUAAAUCGUUCUGGACUAAAGGAAGACGGUUUUUACAGUUGCAGCUUUUUUUUAUCCAAGGUUACAAAAGACGACUCUGGAAUCUAUACCUGUUUUGGGGCUAAUAAGGAUACAAUGAAUGCUAGCAUCAGAGUUAAUGUCUUCGAUCAUCCCUUUCUUGAAGCAAAAUUUAACAAAGGCAAUAUCAUUGAAGUCCAGGAGAAGGAGGAAAUUGUAACAAUCCAACCAAAUGUAUCUGCCUUUCCAGAACCAGAUGCAACCUGGUACAAAAAUGGUAAGGAAAUACCUUCUGACAAUCCUACGUGUAAAAUAAAUGGAUCUAGCCUUUCAUUGCAUGAGGUGAAGAAAGAACAUGCUGGGAAUUAUACAAUCGUACUGAAUAAUACCAGCCUGCAAAAGAAUCUUACCAUCACAGUUAUUGUAAAUAUGAAGCCAAGGAUUUAUGAAAAUAAAAUAACAGAAAACAACAUGCCUUUCCUUCAACUGGGAUCUCAAUACUCUUUAUAUUGUAAUGCCUUUGGAAUACCACAGCCAGAAAUACAGUGGAAAUGGAAACCUUUUCGAAGCAGCACAUUCAUGGAUGUGUUUGCCUUUCAGGAGAAGAAUGUCACAAAAAUCACAAAGCAACAAGCCUUCAAUCUCACAAAAGGAAUACCUACAAUGAAUGAGAUUCAGAUUGAGAAUGAGGCAUUAGAUGGAAAGGUUAAUAGUCACCUUAAAAUAACUAAGGCACUAACAUCAGGUGUUUAUCGCUGUGUGGCAAAGAACAAAGUUGGGUCUGCGAAAAGAAACAUCACAAUUCCUGUAACUGAUGUACCAAAUGGUUUUGCUGUCCGAGAAACACACAUUGCAGUUUUCCGUGGAAUAGAUGUUAAUAUAACCUGCCAGGCUGCAAAAAUAGGAUUCAGAAGUCUUUUUUGGCAUUAUCCCAAGAACGCACAGGCUGAUAAUGUACACACAGUUACUAUAGAAGGAAUGUACUCCAACACACUGGUUCUAAUCAUUCGAAAUGUGUCUGAUGAAGAUGUUGGAGAAUAUAUCUGUAAUGCUUUCAACGAAUACGAGAAGAGGGAAGUGAACGAGUCCACAUACGUUAUGAUUACAGAGAAGGAAGCUCCAUUUGUUCUGAGGAAUCUUACUGACCAAGAGGUAAACAGCAGCAGUACUCUUUCAAUGAUUUGUGAGAUGAGUGGAGUGCCAUUUCCUGAAAUAACAUGGAAGAAAAAUGGGCAUCUUGUUGUACCUUCAUCAGGCAUCAUUAUUGGAGAAAAUGGAUCACUGAUCAUUGAGAGAGUCAAGAAAGGGGAUGAGGGUCAGUAUGAAUGCUGGGCGACAAAUGAAAAGGGUCAGGCCUACACAGCAGCAUUUGUCAGUGUCAAUGAGGAGAAGACAAACAUGGAAGUCAUUAUUCUCGUCUGUACCGCUGUUGCAGCAACCCUUUUCUGGCUCCUGCUGACACUUUUUAUUCGAAAACUCAGAAAGCCCGACUCUGCAGCUGUCAAAACUGCUUAUCUUUCAAUUAUAAUGGACCCAGAUGAAAUACCACUUAACGAACAAUGUGAACGUCUUCCAUAUGAUAGUAACAAGUGGGAGUUUCCUAGAGACCGACUUCGACUAGGUAAAACUCUAGGUCAUGGUGCAUUUGGAAAGGUGGUGGAAGCAUCUGCUUUUGGGAUUGAUAAAUCUUCGACCUGUACAACUGUGGCAGUUAAAAUGCUUAAAGAGGGGGCCACAAGUAAUGAAUGCAAGGCUCUGAUGUCAGAACUGAAAAUUCUGAUCCACGUCGGUCACCAUUUAAAUGUGGUCAACUUGCUGGGAGCAUGUACCAAGACGGGAGGUCCCUUAAUGAUGAUUGUGGAAUAUUGUAAAUAUGGGAAUCUUUCCAACUAUCUGAGGAGCAAAAGAGGUGAUUUCAUUAUAUACAAGCAGUCACUGGAUAACUCUGUCCAAACUGAGCCAAGCUUAAACCUAGAUGAUUCUAAUAGCGACCUGAUGGAGCUGAUAAAGAGGAGACUGGAGAGCGUUGCCAGUACAGGAAGCUCGGCUAGCUCCGGAUUCGUGGACGAUAAAAGCUACAGUGACUCAGAGGAGGAAGAAGAAGAUGGCGAAGACUUAUACACGAGGAUUUUAACCAUGGAAGACUUAAUCUGCUAUAGUUUUCAAGUAGCCAAAGGCAUGGAAUUUUUGGCAUCAAGAAAAUGUAUCCAUCGUGACUUGGCGGCUCGGAACAUUUUGUUGGCUGCGAACAAUGUUGUGAAGAUCUGUGACUUUGGUCUGGCACGUGACAUUUACAAAGAUCCUGACUAUGUUCGGAAAGGAGAUGCCAGGCUUCCACUGAAAUGGAUGGCACCAGAAUCCAUUUUUGACAAGGUCUAUACAACCCAAAGUGAUGUGUGGUCAUUUGGUGUUCUGCUCUGGGAGAUAUUCUCUUUAGGUGCCUCACCAUAUCCUGGAAUACAGAUAGAUGAGGAAUUCUGCUGCAGACUGAAGGAGGGAAUGAGGAUGCGAGCUCCAGAGCACGCCACUCAGGAAAUCUACCAGACCAUGUUAGACUGUUGGCAAGAACGUCCAGCAGAAAGACCUAUUUUCACUGACUUAGUAGGGCACCUUGGAGAUCUUCUGCAGGCCAAUGUACAGCAGGAUGGCAAGGAUUAUAUUCCACUUAAUACAACUGUGCUUAAGGAAGAAGAACCCAGCAGCAACACUUCUACAGAGAACAUCUCAAAUGCAGUGCUCAGUGUGAAGAUUGCAACACAGAUUCGCAAAAAUGCUAGGUUGCGACCAACCAGUGUCAAGACAUUUGAUGAAGUGCUUGGAAACAAUAACACUAAAGAAAAACACAAUGAAGGUGAGUCUGACAGUGACAUGGUACUACAGCUGGCAGAAAUGAAGAACCUCAAGAGGAUGGAAACCCGUUCCUGGCCUUAUGGCAUAUUUUCUUUUGCAAAAAAGGCAGUCAACAAAAGUAAGGAAUCCGUCCUGCUGGAAGCUGAACGAGAGAUUGUGAAGUACCAAGCAUCUCAGAGCAAUGCAGAGGAAUCACUGACAUUCCAUAAGGAAAACUCAUUCCUUCUACCACUGGAUAAAAGUCUAGAAUGCCACAGUCCCCCUCCAGAUUACAACUGUGUUGUCCGCUAUUCCACACCACCAGUUUAACAGAGACACAUUUAACUGCAGGAACUGUUUUUUAUUAACCCGAUAUCCACUGUAUGACAUAACCCAAAUCUGCCGAUACAAAAAAAGAGACAAUGUUGCUUUGAAGGUCAUAUCAUACCUUGGUAGGGGUAAAAUAUUAUUUAUUUAUGUGUUAUAUACUGUACUGACUGUUUUUCAUCUAUAGUAUGAAUUUAUCCAGUCACCCACUACCAAAAGUAAUCAAGUACAACUGUUCUUGCAUGUUGCCGUACAGGCCUGUUUCUUGGUUAACAGGGGCAUAUGGCUGUUCCUCUUCAUCUAUAAAGGUGAUAAAAGGAGAUUGUCUGUGACAUGGUAAAACCAAUAUACUUGAUUCAUGUUGUUACAACUUUGCUGUUACAAUCGUAAAUGAAAGUGACAGUAUUUGGCAAGUUGGUAACUGGCUGCUGUAGUAACUACCACUAUUCUUAUUAGAAUUCAGAAAGCAAUCAACAUCCACAGAGAGCAAUAUAUUCAGAAGAGAGGACCAAACCAUUCCUGACCGUUGUGGGAAAAUGGAUCUCUGAAGUAUAAAAUGUAUUCCCAUAAUUAAUGGGAUUUCUUUUCUUCUUACUGAAGUAGCUCAGUUUCUUAACAUGUUAUUUGAGAAACUUCUCCAUACUUUACAAAAUAGUGCACCUUGAAGACAUAAAACAGGAAAAAGAUAUUGGCAACCCCUGAUUGUGUUAGCUUUGGAAUAAGACAUGCACUGUUCAGUUAUAAUCUGUUGUUAAACUGAAUGAUGCUCUGUGUCAGAUUGCAUAAUACAGUACAAACUGCAGCAGUAAAAAAAAAAAAAAAAAAAAAAACACACUACUUUAUUAUACAAUUCAUCCUGACCAGUUAACUAUAGUAGGACAAGUAAGCAAGGUCUUACAAUUUGUGCAGAUAAAACAUAUAGUAGCUUGUUAGUUAGCAAAAUAUAUUUUGUAUUUAAAAUAUAUUGCUAAUACAAUUACUAAUGUAGUAUUUUUCAUUCUAAGAGUUAUAAGAGUUAAUGAGUUAAUAAUGAUAUAUUUAUAAAUAAAAAAUAAACCUCAGGUAUCUUUAAAACAAAGGGCCAAAUGAUGUGAAUGUAUAUGUUCUGAAAAGAAUUUAGGACUUGCAGCUACAUUCCAUGUUUAAGGCAAGCAGAAAGCAAUGCAUUUGAACACUGCUUACGAGGAUGUAAAUGUUUAACAAUACAACUGGUAUCCCUAAAUGUUACCAGACAAUUUUAUUAUGUCACUUUACCCUCUUUCCUUUCCCUUCAUUCUUAUAAAAGUGCUGAUAGACUGAUAAUCAGGACUUCUGCCUUCUCUUACAUAAUUUCUUACUAUUGGUCUACAACUAACAAAGUAGGUCUUUUUUUUCCUUACGAUUCUCAUGAUAACAGUAGUUGACAGUAAAAUCAUUUAUUAUGAUGUUACAUAUAAACGUUCCUAACCUUCUCAUAUGCUACAACUUGUAUAAUGUAGAAAGCAUCAACAGCGGUCCGAUUUUCAUAGUGAUGAAGGAAGUUUCCAGUGAUAAUGUUCAAGUCCCUUUUGCAACAUUGUAUCUAUAAUGGAAACACGAUACUGUAGUUGUCUUUACCUAGACAGAAAUGUACCGAUACUGGUAAGUUGGUAUUCCUGCUCAGUUUUAAUGUUCUGAAGUUUAUAAUAAUUACAUAAUCAUGUGAACUUAACCAUAUUUUUCCAGAUACUUGCCUGCUUCUUUUUUGCAUUUUGAGAAUUAAGAAAGACCCAAUCACUGCAAGUGUUUUUUAUAGAAUAAUCUUUUCCCAGUAAUCAUGUGUCGGCAUCAUGAUAUUUACACUACAGGUUUUUUGCUUUUUUCUCUGUCGUUAUAUUGGCUGCUCUCUACACAAGACUUAUUCAGUGACAGCUAUACUGACAGAAAAGGAGACCAGUUUAUUGGAAGCUUGAGUCUUCAUUUGUAACUGCUGGUGAUCUGUGCUCAUUUGGGAGCAAUGUUUGCCAUUAGCAUAAACAAAUACCCUUCCACUAAGAGGAAACGUGGCCUUUCUAACUCCUUGUAUUCUGACAGGAUUGUAUGGUUUCCACUCAAUACAAAAUGUGAAUUAACUGCAAUUAAACUGACCAGCUGUAUGAGCACAUUCAUCAGGCUAUGAACACUACAUUUUUUAAGCACUUUGAAUUCUGAAUUAAAAUUCUAAAGAUAAUAUAUGAUGGGCUAUGUUUAAAAUAAUCCAACUUCUCCAAAGUAUUUACUUCUUAAGUGUUGGUUACCUCAACUUGCACUUACAAACUGAAUACAUAACUGGAUAUAACAGCAAUGUUACAGUCAUUAUUUGCAUUUAUUUGUGCAGCACGUGGCUUUAUUUUGUCUAACUUACAUGACUGGACUAGUGAAGUUUUAUAUAGGAAAUUGAUACCUUUAUUAAAACCAUAUAUUCUUACAUGGCUUAGCUAUGUGGUAAAAGUACUACAGAGUAUGCUGUCACUAGCUUGAAAUCCAGCAGCUUCCCUUAGAUCAGUCUCCUCUAAGAUGUCCCUUGUUAAACAUGUUUCCUUCUAUUACAGUUUCUCAUGGAUUUCCAUUUUACUACAGUAAUUUAAAAUGUAUGGGCUAAUGUUUACAUUCACCUAAUAGGAGAUUAUUUAAAAAAAAAUGUUACCCUUAAUGAUGGCAUAUCUAUGCUCAAAUACUUGUUCACACAGUCCUUGCUUAGUUUUGCAAACAUAUUUGACUUUAUUAAACUGGCAUUUCACCAUAUAAACCGAUUGCUAGAUUUGCCAACUCGUGAAUAGUGAAAUAAUUUUACCCAAACUUAGGUCUGCUAACCAAAGCUUGCUAGUCAUCUUAAAACUUUAACUUUAAACAAUGCAUGCAGUAAAGAGCAUGUUGUCUUUAGUAGACAGUAAAAAAUAUGCAUAGAGCUAUGGGGUCUUCUUCAUUUAGUCGAGUCCUGGCUGUUGACAGAUCACAGCCAAACACUUGUUUCCCAAGCAGUUCACGUGGGAUGCCAUUCAAACACACGUUAGUUUGAGUAAGGUGAUUACAAUGGCUGAAGGGUGAGUGAGAGAGAAUGGGGGGUUUUACCUACCGAGUCGAGGGCAGCUGGGAUAUUUAGGGUAAGGUUAGGCAGCAUGGUUCAGGAUUAGGUUAGGCAGUUGCUUUUAGAUGUAGGCAAGGGGUUUGGGAUUAUGCUCAGGAUGUAAGUGGGAGUUUUAGGGAUAUCAUUAUGGCGACAGAGGUUUGGGAUUAGGGUUAGGGAGUGCGAUAGAGUUUUAGAGUUAGGUAGGAUGGGUGUGUGCACAGAUGCACUAGGACUGUACUGCUAGAAGGCCAGGUGCUUGCCAUUUCAUGCAAAUUCCAAUGAGGAGCUGAAGUUUACAUUAGAGCACCAGGCGGAGAACCCAAACGUGCACCCUGAGAAUUAAUACAUUGUUUUGCUUUUCUUUGCGUACUACUAAUAGCCAUUGUUUAACAACCUCCUCAUGUACAUGUUUAGCAUUUGCAGCAUGUCUGGGUACAUAAAAUUCCCCUUGUUUCAGACGGCCGUUAUUGAGGUCAUUAUCCUUCACAGUGGAGCCUACUGACCCCAUUAUUACCAGCAUCAUGGUCAGUACUACCUUUACUAUUGUGUAUUAAUACAUUAUGUGACCUAGGGUUUGGCCUGUCAUAAAAUGCAUCUUGGAAAUCAGAGGUUCAUAGGUUCAUACAUACUUACUAAGCAUGCAAUUCAGAAGACCACCGAGGACUCUAGCCCAGUUUCCCAAGUGCCUCAAAGCAUUGCCUGGUUAAGUGACUUUUUCAACUUCACACAGUAGGCAAAAGGUUGAUGAUAUCAACCCUGCAUACCAUAGAGAGCUCAGUAACUGCUAUCCUCUGAAUUAACUGCAAGACAAGGGUAUGAAAUUUCAUUUUUCACAGUUACAUUUCAAAAAAGCAACAUGAAGACCAUGGACAAUAGAAAUUAUGCCAUGAUUACUGAAUGGAUCCCUCAAAGCUCCAGAAAGCCUGUCCUUCAAGGGUAUUAGAAAUCAUCUGUUUGAAAUGCAGAAAAGUACAAUGCAAAUAUAAUGAGCAAUCACCAGCUUUCCUACAUAAUUCGUAAUAUAGCUUGUAUUUCUGUCUACAAAUAAAACACCAAAAUACAUAUAUUUAAAAAAAGUCACAUAUUUUGUGAAUCACAUUAUAUUUCCAGUCUGAUAUUAAUAGGAGAAUUCUCAAACAUUCAAAAACAAUGCACUCCAAGACAGUACAUUACCCUUCAAAAGUAACCCACUUCAUCUAGUAAUCUUUUUACUAAAUUAUUUUGUGAAAAUUGUGUCCUAUUGUUCAAAAUAUCUUGAUUUUCCUACCAUACAUGCAACUGUUUGCUUUUAAUGAUGCAUUUAAUUAGAGUGGAGAGAGCAAUUAUUAGUUCACAUCCUAGAAGCUUGCUUGCUAAUGUUUAUCAUGUUGAACUGAUUUUGUUGUUAUUUCAGAAUGUUAAUGGAUUUUUAUGGCAAGAUAUUUCUAAAGCUGAGGUAGCACCCCGCAUCUAAACAGUGGAGCAUGCCUAUUCAUUACUCCUAAAAAUGUACCCCCAAAAUUCCAAAGCACCUUUUAUGUAACAGAUAUGUUUACUGCAAGCAACUUUUUGCCAUGUAAAUUACACUUAGUGAAAGCAGUCACAGGAGGCAGUUGGUGCAUUAAAUCCAUUACCAGUUUUUACUGGUAUUCAGUUUAUCAUGGAAAGUUAUACAUUUUAAACAUGAAAACUUCAGCCUAAUAAAACAGAAGAGAUGCAGAGAAUAUGGUAGCAAUAUGGAUUAUUUUAAGAUCUAUAACAAACAUGCUAAUCAUUCUGAUUUGCUGUACAGUGUUACACAAUUAUUUGUGCUACUGUGCUAUUUAGGUAGCUGUGGCCAUUUACUGAAGAUCUAAAUUCAUCAAAAAAUGAAUAUUUCUUAUAAGAAUAGAAUGGAAUUCUAUCCAUUGUAACAGUGGAAUACAUGUCCAUUCCCCCAACAUACAGGACCAGUGUCUAAUUCAGACAUGUUAUGUAUGGCCUGUGCACACACCCUGUUAUCCCUAAACAAGUAUUCAUUGUUGAUGAAUUCAAAUUUGUUACAACUUCCUGAUAGGGAUUACUAUGGGACAUUCCAGGGUAUAUAGGCUUUAGUUCUAAAACUUGACGUAUUCUGCAUCUACGCAGUAUACUUUAAGGAAUCAUAAAUGCUGCAUUCAAAAUAUAAUCUGGGAUGGAGUAUUUGUCAACAUCUACUUCACGUCUCGACUACCUUACUGUAGUUCAGAAUACAUUAUCUAUGGUGCCUUGCUUUAUGGCUAUGUCAUUAGAAAUCUACAUCAUUUGAAAAAGUCCACUGUUGUAUUAAACAAAGUAUUGACAGCAGUCUUCCAGAAAGCUGUGGGAGGGCAUCAGUACAUCCUGAGGUUAUCUGUUACCCCACGCUAUAUGGAAGCAGUAGUUUUAUGUGAAAGAGGUGAGACUUUUGCUGCGCCACAAUAUUUUUUUCCUUUACCGUAGUCAACCUAAUUAUAAUCAGACAGCUGUAUAUUAACUGUCUAGUGUGGAAGGCUAGCAAUGUGACUAAACACGUGGUACAACAUCCACAGUGCUAUUUAUAAUCAGACAGCUGUAUAUUAACUGUCUAGUGUGGAAGGCUAGCAGUGUGACUAAACACGUGGUACAACAUCCACAGUGCUAUUUAUAAUCAGACAGCUGUAUAUUAACUGUCUAGUGUGGAAGGCUAGCAGUGUGACUAAACACGUGGUACAACAUCCACAGUGUUAUUUAUAAUCAGACAGCUGUAUAUUAACUGUCUAGUGUGGAAGGCUAGCAGUGUGACUAAACGCGUGGUACAACAUCCACAGUGUUUUGUAACAAUGUUUGCAUGAAAAUUAAAGAUAGUUUGUGGUCACUCACAUUACUGGCUGUUUGUACCUUCAUGGAAAUCAGCAGCUGACAAAAUAAAACCUAGUUGCAAUGUCCUUAACCAUUCAGUAUUUCUACUUAUAUUUCUUUUAUAUUGGAGUAUUAAAAACCUUUAAAAAGUACCUUUUCACUUCAUAAGACUGGGAUAUCUAGUAACUUUUUUGUUUUUUAUAUGUUAAAUUAACAUGUUCUUUCUUUACAUGUAUAUAGUAUAACUUGUCAAAAACCAUGUAUAGUAUCUUAUAUAUAUUAAAUGGCUCAUAAUAAAAUGCAGCCAGAAAUCAUUAAGUAUAUAAUAUCAAUCGUCAAAAGAAUGGAAUUGUGUCUUAUUCUAUGUAAUACAAUUGCAUUGCUGAUCUAUGAUCAGAAAGUUUUCAUUCACAGUAAUAGGCAGUAGGAUUUGAUAUGCUGUUCAUGAUAAUAUAUUGCAAGAAGUAAUGCCUCACAAAACCUGUGAGUGAAGACAAAAUGCUACUUUGUAGUGCCUUACACAAUUUUCAGGUUCUUUUAAAACAGAAACAAACACUAUUAAAAUUGCUUAAUUCCACAUUAAUUUCAUCUGCAUAGACCCUCUAAAAUUUAACUAUGCAGUUACAUAAAUCAAAGAUAUGAACAGGGCAACACAGACUUUAACUUCUUAGUUUACAUUUUGCAAUUUUUAACCUUUACAAACCUACUUUAAAAAGCUUUAGAUUUUCCAUUUUGUACAGGUUCUUUUUGGUGAGUUAUGUUUUGUCUUAAUUUUUUGUUUUGAUUUUGUGACCUCAUUCUCCAAUGAUCCCACUCAUCCUACAGCCCUACUCACCUAUUCAUUUGAUCCAAACCAUCCCUACUGUCCUACUGACCUAUUCAUUUGAUCCAAACCAUCCCUACUGUCCUACUGACCUAUUCAUUUGAUCCAAACCAUCCCUACUGUCCUACUGACCUAUUCAUUUGAUCCAAACCAUCCCUACUGUCCUACUGACCUAUUCAUUUGAUCCAAACCAUCCCUACUGUCCUACUGGCCUAUUCAUUUGAUCCAAACCAUCCCUACUGUCCUACUGACCUAUUCAUUUGAUCCAAACCAUCCCUACUGUCCUACUGACCUAUUCAUUUGAUCCAAACCAUCCCUACUGUCCUACUGACCUAUUCAUUUGAUCCAAACCAUCCCUACUGUCCUACUGACCUAUUCAUUUGCCCUCAGCAACCUGGCUUUAUCAUAGCCAUUGCAGAGACACAGCUUUGUCAUGAGGGGUACAGCUUUUUAUUUUUGUAUGUAUCCAACAUCCCACUCAUGUAUCUUAAAUGCCUCGGGGAAUAUAAUGGGUACAAAACAAGGAUUCUCUCAUCUAUGUACAAGGCCAUUCUUCUUCUAUUAGGAGGUUGACUCAUCCUAUUAUGUUACCUGAUCUUCAACAGAGCAACAAUCAGUGGAAUAUGCAUCCCUGAGACAGACAGACACACACACACUUUGCUCGUCAUCCACCUCUUUCACAGGCAUUAAAACAUUAUUAGUAUGAAAUUUGCUUUAGGAUAAUUUUUCAGGCCUGCAGCAUGUUGAGGUCUUCUCCUACUACUGACACCCCACAAAGCUAUCCUUCCAAAAAGUGUCUUGCUGGAUAAUUUCAUCAUGCAGUAAAGGUGGCAUGCUAGUUUUAUCACACUUUGUUGACAGCCUUUAAAAAAUCCAUGUAGUUUCUGUAAACCAUGCAAAGAAUGAUUGCAUGCACUUUAUGCAAUUCUUAUCCAUUUGUAACUUGACUAUUGCAUGUGACUUCCAUUACAGGGUUGGAUACCCGGUACCUCCAGGGCUCACAACAGUGCAUAUACAGUUUUGUCAUUAUAUAUGGCUUGGUUUAUACAGGAAUGUAUGUAUUGUGUUUGCUUGUAACAUAUAUGCACUGAAAAAAAAAUAUUUCUUUACAAGAUGGAAUGCAUUCCACCUGAUCAGAAAUAAAGAAUAUAUAUAUUUCUAUUUA